AUGAAUCGAUUCAUUCGUUUUGAAUAUAAUGAUAAAAAAUUACGACAUAUAGAUGAUUGUAAAGAUGAAUCAAUUUUGUCAAUAGACUUAGCUCUUCAAUCUGUUUUGUCCAUCGUUGACAGAUUGGAUCAUUAUAUUGAAGACGCUAAACGCUCUCGUCAUUACCCUUCGGAUCAUGGUCUCACUGAAGACGAAUCAGUCGCUAUAUAUCUCUACGCAAAUGACUGGAAUGAUCAAAGUUUAAAUAAGGUUUUGAACAAUACAUUACAAUCAGAAGAUCACACAGCUUUACAAUCAUGGCUAAGUUUUCUGAAAUUAUUCAAUGCGGCACUGGAAAAAUUAUCGACUGUUCAUAAUACAGUAUGGCGAGGUUUAACAAUUGAUGCUGCAGAAAAAUUAAAUGAAAAUGAAGAUUUGAUAUUAUGUAGUGUAAUUUCAUGUUCAUCGUCACGUACUAUUAUAGAACAUCUUCUUGAUGACAAAUCAGUUCUUUGCUCAAUCAAAUCAUUCAGCGCCAAGAAUAUUCAGGGUUAUACAUCUAAAAAUGAAGAGGAUGAAGUAAUAUUGCUUCCGGGUACACGCUUGCGUGUGAAAUGCAAACAGUUGAACAAUGAUCUAGAUAAACCGAUUAUAUAUUUAGAAGAAAUCAACGAAGUUGAAGAUGACCACGAAGUUAUCAACAAAGUUAAAAUGCAUGAUAUGAAUAACCCUCUUGAUCAGGAAGAUACAAUUGAGGGCCCAAAUGCUGACCAAAAGGCAAAUGGAGAAGGAAUAUGUGUUUUUGAAACUGGUAACCGUUUUAUUGGAGCAUACAAAAAUGGUAAUAGGUAUGGCCAUGGCAUUCUUCUUCGUGAGAAUGGAAUAAUAGAAGCUUGUGAUUGGAUUGAUGAUGUGCAAAUAGGUCAAAGUCUAAAAAUACAGUCAACCCGUGGGCUUUAUGAGUGGAAGGAUGCGAUGGGCAAAGAACGUUGGUAUCGUGCUUAUGAUGAUGAACAUGGAAAUAGAUAUAUAGGAAAUAUAGCCUAUGACAAAGCACAUGGACUAGGUAUACGAUUUUGGCCAAAUAAUACUCGAUAUGAAGGUAAUUUCAUGGAUGAUAAAAAACAUGGAUAUGGUAUUUACUUUUAUACUGAUCGGGAUCGAUACAUGGGUGAAUGGUAUAAUGACGAAACAAAUGGAAAAGGGCUGCUAAUUUGGAGUAAUGGUACUUAUUAUCAAGGAGAGUUUACCAAUGGGAAGAAACACGGUUAUGGAAAAGUAAUUUUUGCUGAUGGACAAAUACAAGAAGGUGAAUGGCGAAGUGACGAGUAUGUCGCUUAA